GACAGCCUCCAAACCGCCAUAGGGCCUCUCACAAGAAGUUGCGAGACAUUGUCAUGAGAGUGACAGCGAUGUGGAGCACUGCGACCCCUUGUGAGAGGAACUGGUCCUCUCUCGAUCUUGUCCACGACAAGAGAAGGGGCCCGCUGUCGCCUGACAGCCUCGCCAAGUUAGUGUACAUCUACUGGAAUCUUCAGCUGUUGGACAUCAAGAAGAAGAAGAGUACAGGAAGCUUGGCAGGGUACUUGGACAUGUGGGCUGCAUUUUUCGAUGAAGUGGAGCCACCAACGCCGAAUGAUUCUGCAGUGUUGCCAAGGGCUGCAACUACAGCAGACUUGAGUGACGACGAAGUGGCCCGCCGGGCAAAUCUAACGAAGAUCCCCCGAGCUAGAGUCAUGAAGCCUCAUGUCGUUGAUGGAUCAAGCUCAACGGACAGCACUGAUGAUGGGGAGGACCUAAUUUGGAGAGGCAAAGGCAAGAACAAAAAGGUUGUUGUCGAUGACGGCGAAGGCAAGGCGCAGAUGGAUGGCAAAGGCAAGACGCAGAUUGAUGUGGACGAUGAGGAAGAGGAUAUUGAGGAGAGCGAGGAAGAUCGAGCGACAUAUCUAGCGACGACAACGAGCUGGAUGACGACCUCACACGACCUCGAUGACGACGUUGAGAGGGCGAGGGCGCAGUCCCUUGCUCAUCGUGAUCGCGCCCUUGUGGAGCAACGGAUUCGAGAAGAAGUAGCAAAACAAAGUGUUGUCCCCCCUCCGAUGAGGAUGAACUAUACAACGGCGGGAAUGGGCGGAUGUCUACCGGCGGAGGGGGUUCAGCAGCAGCGACAUGCAGAAGGCAUGCAACGGGAACAACAAGAGGAAGACGUUCAGCAGCACCAGCAGCGAGAGGAAGGCCUGCAGGAGCAAAGACAAGAGGAAGGCCUGCAACAGCAAGAUGAUUGGCAGCAACACCGAGAGGAAGGACUGCAGCAGCAGCAGGUGCAGCAGCAGGAUGAUCGGCAGCAACAGCAGCAACAAGAACAACACGACGGAGUAGAGCAGCAACAGCAACAAGAAGAUGGACCGCAUCCGCAACAGCAACAGCACAAGGAUGGAGCGCAGCAGCAGCAACAGACAAAACGGGAUGGACCGCAGCAGCAUGGGCAGCACAAGGAUGGAGCGCAGGAGCAGCAGCAGCAGACAAAGCAGGAUGCACUGCAGCAGCAUCAGCAGCACAAGGAUGGAGCGCAGCAGCAGCAGCAGACAAAGGAGGAUGGAAUGCAGCAGCAGCAGCAGCAAGAGCACGAUGGUCCGCAUAAGCAACUGGAGCACGAUCCGCUGCAGCAGCAGCAAAAAGAAAACGGGAGUGCAACGGGAGUCGCUCGAGUCGAGGGCGUGCAGCACGACAACUUGGACGUGAGUCUGGCGGGAAGGAAGAAGAAGGUGCAGCCUGACACAGGUCCAAAAGUGGCAAGGAAAAGGGGGCGCCCGCGAAAGUACCCACUUCAGCCAGCUCCAUCAGCUUGCGCUCAGGUUGGCGAGGAUGGUGGUGAAGGGGGUGAGGUGGAACAGCAUGUGAUUGGAGGAAGGAAGGUGCAAGGGGGCCCUGCACUCACAGUGGACGGUGUGGAGACACACCCGUCGAAGCGGCCGAAGAGGAAGGCGGCGAGGAAGGCGAGGGUCGUUGAGGACGAUCCGACAGAUGCAUAAGAAAGCAGCAAUGGGAGUGAAGAAGAUGAUCGGGAAAGCGACUGGGAAUAGGGCUCGGCGGGGGAGGAAGCUGGAAGGCCAUACACUUGUACUGAUCUGAGGACUGAUGAUGUUCAACGGUCAUAGUCGAAGUGGUGUUUUUUUUGCACAGUUAAUCCCUUGGGUUUUCCAAGGCAAUCAAUGUUGUGCCUUUUC